AUGAGGGAAAAUAGUGGGAGAGAAAUGAACCCCAUAAAUUUUGUAGUUAAUGAAAAAGAGGAGUUUUUAAAUAUAUUUAAUUACAAAAGCGUAAAGUGCUUCAAGUCCUGUAACUAUAUCUAUAUUGGGCAAGUUAAAAAGAGCAGUGACGCACAUGAAUCAAAAGAAAAGGACAUAGAUUCUGUGGGAAAUAAAAAUGAAGAUAUUAAGAAAAUCGAAACUAAAGAAUUCACAUCUAACAGAGCAAAAACAGACAAAAAGAAUAAAAAAAAAUCCAAUAAAUAUAUAAAGGAUGGAUAUGGCAUUUUAAUAACGUUACAAAAAAACGCCUUUGGGGAAGAUAUCGUUGUAAAUAAGUUUAUUGGAAAUUGGAAAAAUAAUAAAAAAAGUGGUUUAGGAUUUAAUUUAUAUAUAAAUAAAAAUAUCUAUUUUGGAUAUUAUGAAAAUAAUGCAAAAAAUGGAUGGGGAUAUUAUGAAUGGAGUUUUAAUCAGUCCAGUUAUGAGGGAACUUGGGUUAAUAAUUAUAUGAACGGAAAAGGUACAUAUAAAAAUAAAAUAUUCACAUUCGAGGGAGACUUUUAUAAUAAUAAAUUUCUUAAUCAGUAUGGAGAAUGGAUAGAUGUUAUACAAUUGGAAAAAAAAAAUAAAAAAAUGAACCUUCUGAAAACAGACAUAAUUAGUAGUGAAAAAAUGAUAUAUUUAAUAGUCCUUCCUUUUAAUUUUUUAAAAGAUCAUUUAAAAAAAUUUGCUGACAUUAUUAAAAAUAAGUUUAAUAAAGUUCCUUUUAUCAUGUGCUCUAAAAGUUUCAUCGAGAAAUACAGGAAUUUUAAUUUGUCUAAAUUUAUAUUUCUAAGUUAUUAUUUUAGCCUUCACGAAUUAUUCGGCGAUAUAAAAUCUGAUCAGCUUAUUUUUGACAACAUCAAAAAAAAUUGUGAAAAAGAAAGUAGAGGGGAAAAAACCAAUGUAGGUUACAAGGGUCCUAAUUGUGCGUUUUCUAAAAACUCUACGCGCUUAGAUAGUGAAGAAUUGGAAGAAUUUCAAGAUAGAGAAAGUGAUAGCAGUUCUAAUGAAUUUAGUUAUUCUAGCAGUUCGGAGGGAUAUUGCAAAUCUCCCAGUUCUAACACUUCUAUUUCUUCUAAAUUUUCAAAUGGGGCAAUAAAUUCAAGCGAUGAAAGUUUUUCCAACUGUUCAAAAUCAUCCUACACGACACAAACGUCUGUCUCUUCAACCCUACCCCUUAGGUCGAGCAUGUCCAUCAUUACUAACAGUUUCGAUAACUUUAAGUCAACGAAGGAUGAUGAUGGUGAUUUACACAACUCAAAUACUCAUUCUCUGAAUAAAGUAAACAUAACGAAAAAUGAAAGUAAAGGAAGUAGCGAAAGUGACCUAAAAGAGUACAUAAAAAAUGCCAAUAAAUCGAAUGAUUUUAAGGAAGAAAAUGUGACUGAAGCAUUGUCAAAGGUUGGUAGUAGUAAUGACAGCAGUGAGAAGUUCAAUUCUGACAUAUGCAAUGAAGACACAUUUUACAAGUUAGAAGAGAGGAGAAAAAAUGAAAUACAUAAAUUGGUGAACAAGUAUGUAAAUAUUUAUGUCGAUUCUGAAAACGAGUCCUGUGAAUAUUCCAUAAUUUCCAGUGAAACAGAAAGUUCUGCUGAAAGAGAAAGUUUUCCAAAAAUGAAAAAUGAAGGAUAUUUUUUUGAGAAGGCAAAGGGUGGUGAUCUAAAUGAAAAUGAGGAGAGGAAAACUAAAAAUAUGCAAGAAAAAAAACAAACAGGAGGAAAAUCCAAUCAACAAAUGAACAUGUCGUGUUCAGAAGUAAAUGUCCCUAAUGAUGUGGAUCCUCCCAAACAUAAUGAUCUUAUUGAUGCUCAAAAAAAAAUUGAAAAAGAAUUAUCCAAGAUCAAAAUAGACAUUCAAUUUUUAGAAAAGCUAAGAAAUUGCAAUUUGCCAUGUACUCCUGAAAUAAAGAAAAAAAUAGUAAAAUCUAUGAUAUUGAAAUAUCCAUUCAUUUUUAAUUUAAACAUUAGUGAAGAUGAAAAUAAAUAUGAAAAUAUAUCCAACGAAUUUCUCUUACGAAAUUUUGUAGUCCCGGAAUUAUGGUCAUUAAAGAAUUAUUUUGGAACCUCAGAGAAUAAACUCCCGGAAGAAGUGUUCACGCCUCCAUAUUUAGAUUUUAAGAAUUCAAAAAUUAGUAUGCAUAUGCAUCAUCAGAUUGGCAAGAAUAACAACUUAGACUUGAACGUGAACAGUAUUAAUGAUGAAAAAAAUUUCAACCUGAACUUUUUCUUCAUUACGGAUUUGUUAGUGGAUGACACCAAAGACAUCAAUGAUUUAAAAUGUUUAAUAAGAAACAAAUUUACCAAUUCACUGUACUUGAAUAACUUAUUUUUUGUCAUCCUAGAGUAA